AUGAGCAGUAUUAAUUAAUUCAAAUAUUUGUAUUACGAAGAUACGAAUGAUGAUAAUCAGUAACCAGAUGAUGAAAUAGAAGCUUUAAUAAUAGAUGAAGAUAUUGAAUAGUAAAAUUAAAAUCAAGUACAAUAAAAUAACAUAUAAAAUUAAAUAACUAAAAAUUAACAAUUACAACAACAACAAAAAUAAGAAUAAUAAUAAUAAUAAUAACAACAAUAAAAAUAGCAAUAAAAAUAGAUAACAACACAAUAAGCUGAUUAAUGA